GAUUACUUAAUUGAAUAGGGUUAAAUUUAAGUAAAUCAUCAAAUUAACAUAAAAAAAUGUAAAAAUCAAAUCGCACAUUGAUUUUUUAUUUUUUUUUAAAUCCCUUUCAUUUGAAUCGAAAGAUUUCCCAUAUAACGGUUGCACCACAUGACAAUACAACCCUCUCAUAUACUCAACAAACUUAGAUGUUACAUACUUACCCGACCAAUUGGGGACGUGCGUCACGCACUCACAUCUAGCACCACCACCAUCUCGUCCGCCGUCCCCAACACCAUCCUCGCGCCAUCACCACCAGCUCAUAAGUUGUUUUAAAUUCACACCCUCAAGGGCCCCAACCCCAAGUAUAUAAUUCAAAACCUCCUCGGCUAGUCGGCUCCUAACCAACUCAACACUCUCACUAGUGCACUUCUUUCACUUCCUCAGACAGCCAGACCAACCUGCCGCGACUCCUACCGCCGCCUCCUCUGCCACAACCACCAUCUGUUAAACACUUCUUUCUCUUGUUAUGGAAAAUAUUCUCAAGAAAUAUCAACAAAAAUUCAAGAAAGUUCGAGAAGAAAUGGAUAAUUGGGAAGACAUUCAAUCCCGCCUACUCUCUCAGUUUUCUAAUGCUUCUUCGAUUAUUGGAAGAAUUGAGGUGAUUGGAAAUAAGAAGAAUUAUGGUUGUUUGAAGGGUGUUGAUGGGAUUGAAGAUGCAGUUUUGCAGAAGCAAAUGGAGUCUUUGGAGACAAUUUUGCUCUCAAUUAAGAAGACUAUGGAGGAUUUCCACAGUAUUGUACUGUCUCUGGAAAAGAUGGUCAGAGACAGUAGGCAGCUUGCUGGAAGAGGAUCUCAUGUGCUUUCCACUAAACAACUGCAGCAAAGAGUGGGAAUUAAACCAAGUCUUUCAGAUUGCUUAGAUGGGCUUGCUAUUUUGCAGGAGAUGCACAGCUCUGAGUACCGUCUUAAAUCAUCAGUGGUUUCUGCACUCUUGAGUAUUGCUUUAAAGCCCAGUUCCAAAGAUUUGGGAGCAUUGCGUCAGCUUUUGUUCGAUCAGCCAAAUAUUCCAAGAGAUGAAGUACAGUUAAUCUAUGACAUCAUAUUUGCUGAAGACAUUUCUUGAGUUAGAGAUUGGUCAUCUGUCAUUUGAAGCUGGAAUUUUGUAAAAGUGCUGUUCAGCCUUGAUCAACUGGACUUCAGUCAUUUAAAGCUUGAUCUCUGUGAUAUGGUUGGCGGGGUUAUGGCAUCACAGCACUCCCUCACUGAAGUACAUCUAAUGAGGAUGCAUCUCAGUAUCACAUGUAGCAGCAGGUUUCCAGUGCGGAUGAUAUUCAGGAUAAUACAGAAGCCCUUGAGCCUCUCUGGCGUUUUAUACUUUAAUUUAUAUUAUUAUUCAUACAAAGUAUAUACGGAGUAUUAUUCUGGGGAAAAAUCCCAGGUGAACAGAAAAAGGUAGCUUGUAUGCAAUAUAUUGUGUACCGAUAUUUCUAUGAUCAUUAGCAUCUAUUAUUAUUUUGUGAAUCAUCAGUAUGUACUUCCUCUUUGUUGCAUAGAAUUCUUGAUCAUUA